AUGUACUCUUAUAACGCCGUUUCUGCCUUGGCUGCAUUCGUCUCUGUUGCCGCCGCGGCCUCCAAAGUGUGUCCUAGCAGUUCUCCACUCUCUUGCCACAACACUACCGCCGUUGAAGAUACCUGCUGCUUCAUUCCAUCUGGUCAGCUGCUCCAGACUCAAUUCUGGGAUACCAAUCCCCCAACGGGCCCCUCUGAUUCCUGGACCGUUCACGGACUGUGGCCAGACAAUUGUGAUGGGUCGUUUCCCCAGACAUGCGACAGUAGUCGAGCGUACACUAAUAUCACCGAUAUCUUGACUGCCAUGAAUGCCAGCAGCACUCUUGACUUUAUGCAGACGUACUGGAAAGACUAUCAAGGCGAUGAUGAGUCUUUCUGGGAGCAUGAAUGGGGCAAGCAUGGCACCUGUAUUUCUACCCUGGAUCCCAGCUGCUAUGAAGACUAUGUGCCCACCCAAGAAGCCGUUGAUUUCUUCUCCAAGACCGUCUCACUGUUCAAGACGCUGCCUACCUACCAGUGGCUUGCUGAUGCCGGAAUAACUCCUGACGGCUCCAAGUCCUAUUCGCUAGACGACAUCCAGUCCGCCCUCUCUCAGCAACACGGCGCCGAUGUGACGCUCGGCUGCGAGGGCAAGAGUCUGAACCAAGUCUAUUAUCACUUCAACGUCCAGGGCUCUCUGCAAGACGGCAAAUUCGUUGCGGCAGCACCUGACGGAUCCAAAAGCACUUGUCCCGAUUCUGUCUACUACGACCCCAAGAACGGAGGCGAUGGCGACGACGGUACGAAUUAA